AUGCGUCUGCUUGAGCUGCCUGCCAUCCUGAGCCUGCUUGCACUUGUUACCGCAUUACCUGCAAAUGUACCGUCCAAACCACUACCAUUGCUCAUCUGGCACGGUCUAGGCGACAAAUACGAUGCCGAAGGUUUGAAGACCGUCGGCAUCCUAGCCAAGAAAGUGCAUCCAGGCACCUAUAUCUACUACAUCCACCUCGAUGAGGACGGCAACAGCGAUCGAACAGCGACCUUCUUUGGGAACCUCACGGAACAAGUCGAGCAAGUCUGCGUAGACAUCAAGCAAGAUCCACGUCUACUCGCACCGCAGAUGCAAGAUGGUCUAAGAGUAGAUGCAUUGGGCUUCAGCCAAGGAGGACAAUUCCUACGAGGAUUGCUUGAACGAUGCGAUGGAUUGAGUGUGAGGAGCUUGAUAACUUUCGGCAGUCAACACAACGGCAUAAACGAGUUCCAGACCUGCGGAAACUUCGACCUCGUUUGUAAAGGUGCCACCGCAUUGGUUAAGGGCAAUGCGUGGACAGACUACGUUCAAAGCCAUGUAGUGCCCGCGCAGUACUACCGAACCCUUAACACGACGACUCUCCAUGCUACGGACGACUACUUGAACCAUAGCAACUUCCUCGCCGACAUCAACAACGAGCGCGAGCACAAGAACAAGCGAUACGCGGCUAAGAUGGCCGACCUGGAGAAUUUCGUCAUGUAUGUCUUUGAUGAAGACAAGACCGUCAUUCCCAAGGAAAGCGGCUGGUUUGCCGAAGUCAACACCACGGAUCCUGAUCGCAAGGAAGGGCAUGGGAUCAUCCCGCUACGCGAAAGGAGGAUUUACAAGGAGGAUUGGCUUGGUCUGAGAAAGCUGGACGAGAAAGGCGGACUAGUGUUUAAGACGACGCCUGGUGCGCAUAUGUCUUUGAAGCAGAACGUGUUGGCCGACGCUUUUAGGGAGUAUUUUGGUGCUGAGACUGCUCAGAGGGCCAACGGUAUUGUGAGGCAAGGAGGCGCGCUUGAUGAUGAGGCUAUUGUGUGGGAUCAGUAUCAAGAAUGGAGGGCGCUGGACGAGCCCAAGGUCUUCUUGUAA